AUGGCCCAAGUCAACGGUGACCUCCCGGCUGUUAACUCAGCCACUGCUCAGCAUCUGCUGGACAUCCCCUUGAUUCACGACGGCGUUGUCGCCUUCAGGAACAACCCUUUCGGCAAGAAGUCGAUCGCCAUUGGUGACUCUGCCUACCAAACCUUUGCCGCCCCUCUCCUUCCCUAUCUGGCCCGUCCCUGGGGCUACCUGCGCCCUUACGCGGAGAAGGCCGACGCUCUUGGCGACCAGACCCUGACCAAGGUCGAGGAGCGCGUCCCCGUCAUCAAGAAGCCCACCGAGGAACUUUAUGCCGGGGCCAAGGGCAUCAUCGCUUUGCCGAUUCGUACCGGCUUCGAGGCCAAGGACCACGUCUUCAAGACGUAUGCCCAGGAGAAGAAGAAGGUUGGUGGGGAGAACCUGGUGACUUACGGCAAGGCCAUUGUCAGCACUACUCUCAUCACUACUAGCGAAAUCAUCAUCUGGGUUGGAGAUGUCAUGCACUACAAGAAGGAGGAGGCCAAGGACGUCGUGAACGAAAAGGUCAACAACUAA